UAACCUGCAAGAGUUGUGUUUGUUUAGGUUAUGUUCCUGUUUAUUGUUGCUAAAAGUUAAAAAUAAAUAUAAAUAAACUAUUCUUAAGUGUUAUUAAUGAGUAAUAAAUAAACUAUACAUAAAUGGAAGACUCUGAAAGUGAUAAAAGGCCACAAUUCGGUAACCGAUAUCUGGAAAAUGCUGACGAAGUGUUCAAACAUAACGCGUGGGACAAUGUGGACUGGGAUGAUGAGCAAGAAAAGGUUGCAAAAGAAAAAGUUGAGCAGAAUUCCCAGAUAACAUUUUCUGAAGACCACUUGAAGUCAUUAGAAGAUGAUGCUGAUAAACAUUGGGAUGCCUUUUAUGAUAUACAUCAAAAUAGAUUCUUCAAGGACCGCCAUUGGCUGUUCACUGAGUUCCCUGAACUGGCUCCAGAUAACACAUCAGCUCCAGUAAGAGUAUAUCCUGAUGGUGAAAAUAAUACCACACAAAUAACGGAUCAGACAAAAAGUGACACAAAGAGGUUUAUAUUCGAAAUAGGUUGUGGAGUUGGCAACACCAUAUUUCCUAUACUACAGUACAGUCGUGACCCAAACCUCUUUAUUUAUGGUUGUGAUUUUUCCUCAAAAGCCAUAGAUAUUAUGCAACAAAGUGAGUUGUAUGAAACAAGUAGGUGCAACGUGUUUGUUCUGGAUGCAACUCUCGAUAAAUGGGAUGUGCCUUUUGAAGAAAAUUCUAUUGAUAUCAUUGUUUUGAUAUUUGUUUUGUCUGCUAUUGAUCCUGCAAAAAUGAGUACCGUUAUCAACAAUAUGUACAAAUACUUAAAGCCUGGAGGCUUGGUAGUAUUCCGUGAUUACGGUCGUUAUGACUUGGCACAGCUCCGUUUCAAGAAGGGCAGAUGUAUAUCUGAUAACUUUUAUGCUCGUGGUGACAACACUAGAGUGUACUUUUUCACUCAAGAAGAAAUAACAAAAUUAUUCCAAGAUGCUGGAUUUAAAGAAGAACAAAAUCUGAUAGACAGGAGACUUCAAGUAAACAGAGGAAAAAUGCUAAAAAUGUACAGAGUAUGGAUACAAGGGAAAUAUAGAAAGCCUUUAUAACACUUACAAUAUUUAUUUGUUAUAUAAAUACAAGAGUAUAUUAUAACAAAAUAAUUAAAACUUCAAUAAUAGAAUACUUUACAAAAUGUUACUGAAAUAACGAUUAUAUUUCAACACCAGUGCUUUUGCACAUCAAUUAGAAUAAUAAUAGUACAAACUGCAAGCAAUAUAACUAUACUAUUAAUCUUAAACCCCACAGUGUAAAUGAAUAUUUUUAAUAUAUCUUAUUCCUACUUCUAUAAAUAAGAAAUCUCAAAAAUACAAUUCAUGAAAAGAAGACAAUGAUAAGCUCGGAGAAAUGUAACAGCUUGACUAGACGCUUUAAUUAUUAAACCUCAAAAUGAA